AUGAAAAGAUUAUAUGAAGAAGAAUGUACAAGAGCUCAAUUAUUUGGUUCUCCUAAACCAAAUUGGAAUGAAUUUUUAACAAUUAAUGAACAAUCUACAAUUAGUAGUGAAAGAAGCUGUGAAAAAUUUGAUGAAAAAAAUGCUCAGAAUGAAGUAACAUUUAAAGAAGAUCUUGGUAAAAUUGGAGGUGGUUUGGAUGAAUUAAACAGCACUCUUGUAAAUACACAAAAAAAAAUUAACAGGUUAAAGACUAUUUUUGGCGGCUGUGGUAAUAUUCUACGAGUUUGCUUGAAUGAUGAUGAUGAUCACGAUUUAAAAAAUGUAAAUACAUUAUCUGAAAAUAAUAUUAUAACAAAUCAAGUUAUGGAAGAUGAACCAACCUUUUCUUCUCGUCUACAAAAUUCAGACGGACAACUUAACAAAUUGGAUAUUCUUAUUAAUAAAGCAGAAAGAGCAGAACUUAGUUUAUCUGGUCAAAAUAAGCAAAUGAAAAGAUUUUUAAAAUAA